GGAGGAGAGCUAUAAAAGUUAGUGAGUAAGAGUCCUUCCAACAGAACGAGGACCAGGAGCUACUACUACUACUACUACUACUACUACUACUACUACAGAUAACUGUUCAGGUUCAGUCUGGUGUUCAGCAGUCAGAAUGAUGACUCCCGCUCUCCUCUCUGUGGCCUUGCUGCUGUUGCUUCUUCCUGGGGUUCCAUCUGCAGAUCCCACUCUAUAUCCCAUCAGUGUCCUGGUGAAAAACUCUGUAAACCAAAGUCCCAAUAAGACCUACAGCACUUCUGUGGUUUACAGAGGAAUCUUGCUGGGUGGACUGACGAGACUGCAGAAGUCAAACAAAGGCUUUAGGUUCACCUACACACAGGAUCCAAACUAUGGCCCGUUCCUACAGAGUGUGAACGGUUUGGCUGGAAGUCAACAAAAACGCACCUACUGGGAGCUGCUGGUCAAGCCUGCAAACAACGUGACAUUCCGUCCUGAUGUCGGUAUUGGAUGUUACAUCCCAAAUCCGAAUGACUUAAUCAUCCUGAACUAUGCCAAGUACUAAAGGAUGAGCAGCCGCUGGAAAUCUCCAUGGGAUCAAAGCCAGAUUCAACUGUAUGAUUAUGUAUUUCACAUAUUAUGAUUCAACAAAAAUGAAUUUGUGUUUCUUAUUUAGCGAGAAAGCAAGGGG